AUGUCUCCGCUCAUGCUCCUCCUGGCUCUUCUUAUCAUCGGUAUCACUGACGGAGAUGUUCACGUCAACCUCUGCGUUUUGCGCUGCAAGGACAAUCACAUGUUGGAGGUACCUUUCUCCGGCAGACCCGUCUCCUCUUUCAAAAGGAUAUUUGAGAAUAAAAUGAGCUCAGAUUGGCAAUAAAGGAAUUCUUCGAUAACAAAUUAACUUCCAUCUUUUUGCAGAUGGAGAACGAGUGGUCUUCUGAUUUCACGUUGCCUCUUCUAAGCCUUCUGAGAACCACGCGCAACGAGACGGCCGCUUACAUAAAAGCUCAAGCUAUCUGCACGUGAGAAGUAGAAAAAUAAAAUGGAAAACUCAAGUUUGACAAACGAGUUCAAGUUUAAAGAUUACUCAUCUCUGACAAGACGCUCGAAUCCAAUUUUUUGAACCAUCCUUGAGCGAUUAAUUUCAGUUUCAGAAAAUUCUUUUCAUUUUCUCUUUUCAAGAUCAUUCUGAAAAUUCUUGAUAAAUCGAGCCUGAAACUAGAUAAAUCGAGCCCGAAAGGAGUCGCCGAAGUUUCUUCGGGACGAAAAAGAUAGUUGUUUUUUUUUCGGCGCGUUUUGGUAAUGCAUUUCUCUGUGCAAGAAGCCCAUAAAAGACGGCUAAUGCGAAGUGACAUAAUAAUUCAAUCCGUGUCACCCUGCACGCCUGUUUCUUUGGCUCUUUAGGGCAUAUCAUAAAACAACCUCGGAAAGAGACUGAAAAAAAAUAUUCAACACAGGCAAAGCCCUGAACUUCUCUCAGACCUCCGCAAAUUACUAAAUAAGAGUGGUUACAAGGCUCAUCGAAACGGUAUUAUGAGAAAAGAGUUGUUAAUAGCUACUUAUCAGUUUUGAAAAUUUUUGAAAAAGUAUAAUCAAGUUUUCGCUCGCAUUAAAGAAUUUUUUUUAAUUUUUAAAAUCAAAACUUGCAGGUCUAAGUAUUUUCUAAAAACUAACAGCGGGAAAAAAAUUUACUGAACCAUGCAGAACUUGCCACUUUUCCAGAAGCAAUGCAAUGCUGGAGAACUGCGUCAAUGGCUGUAACAAGUCACAGGAGGCGUCGAUCAUUCUGGCCGGCGUCAAGGCCUGGCAGGACGCCUGCUCCAAUUUAGAAGGUACAUGAUAACUUAUGAUAUAGAAAAAAGAAACAUUCAGUUCUCGGUUUCAUCUAAUGGAAAGUAAAAUUUGUAUUUCUCCUCUUUCCAUAGUUUCAAGCUUUCAGAAGUGCGAGCACAGUUCCCGUGUUGGAGAGAGAAUGGCGAAGAGCUUUCCAAGGUCUGCCGGUCCAACACCGUACGACUGGCAAAAUCCAUGCAAAUUUUCGCGAAAAACCAGACACAGGAAAACAUCGGCACGAUUUGCUCGUUCGUUAAUUGUUUCAAAGAAACCAAAGAAUCGUGAGAUUUACGCCUAAUUUCUUUCUUGAAAUGCAGAGAAUACGAGGAAUUCACCACCUGCUUCACUCAAGAACAUGGCAAAUAUUGUGGAUACCGAAGUGAAGUGGCAAGUAAGGUUUUUAAUUUCAUAGUUAUUUGUAGAAUUUGAGAUAACGAGACGGAUGUUCGACAACAACCGAGAAGCAAUGCUCAAAAUGCUGAAAAUUCGAUGGAGUACGCUCCCACAGGCCUGCAAGUACUCCCAACUACGCAGGGACACUUAUUCAGCCGAGCGAUUUUUUGA